AUGUUACUCACCGCACCGUUAUUAGUUCUAUGCCUCCUGGCGGCACUGGCAAUAUUUGCACGACGUGGACUUUCGCUCUACCCACGGAACGCUGUUGGCUUCUUACACCCGUCUGCCGCUGCAGGUGGAGGAGGUGAGCGUGUUUUAUGGGUUGCAAUCGAUUCUAUUCAGAAAGACGAUAUAAAGAAUGGUAUUGAUAGACUCUACGUGCUUUACUGCACUCAGACCAGCGGGAAGAGCGACGAUGGUAGGUGCGAACCGCCGCAGGAGUAUCUUGCUCGAGUGGUUCAGAAACAGUUUCACAUCACCUUACCGCGACCCAUAAAAGUGGUGCACCUGCGCUCCAGCAUGACGAAGUGGCUCGAUGGUGGAAGGUACCCGUUCUUGACGUUGCUUCUGCAGGUGGUAUGUGGAAGUAUUUUACUCUUUUAUGAAUCGUGUGUUGUCAAUACGAUGACUCCCACUGUGAUUGAGAGCGUCGGGAUCCCCGGCGUGUAUCCACUCCUCUCCAUAUUCGCAGGGUCCCGCAUCGUAGCGUACACACAUUACCCCAUUAUAACGCCUGUUAUGACGCAGCGGGUGGAAAACGGUGAAAUGCGCUACAACAACAAGGGUGCGGUGGCGCGACACGGUGUGCUCCGUAAGGCUAAGGUUUUGUACUACAAGCUUUUUGCGCACAUUUACAGGUGGAUGGGGAAAUUCCCUGAUCUAGUAAUGACAAACUCUACAUGGACUAAGGGGCAUAUACAGCAGCUUUGGGGCCAUGACGUGCCAGUGCUUGUAUACCCUCCUUGUGCCGUCAGUCAUUUUAUGCCGCUACGGAAGCUUCCCCAUCAGCGAAUCAAUACAGUUGUGAGUGUUGGACAGUUCAGGCCGGAGAAAAACCACAUGCUUCAGCUUCAGUCAUUUGCACUGGCGCUUCCUCGGUUACCAACGGACGCCAAGCUUAUCAUGAUUGGUGGGGCGCGGAAUGAAGAAGACAAACAGCGGGCAGAGGCGGUGAAGGUUGAAGCCCAAAGGCUUGGCAUUGCGGAUCGUGUUGAUGUGCGGGUGGGCGCUCCCUUUAGUGAGGUCAGUGAGAGUCUCGCUCAGUGUUGCAUUGGGCUGCACACAAUGGAAGACGAGCACUUUGGAAUUGUGCUUGUGGAAUACAUUGCAUGUGGCUGCAUUCCGCUAGGCCACAGGAGCGGUGGCGUGUGCCUUGACAUUAUCACCUCACCGAAUGUUGGGUUUCUUGCCGCAACCGCAGAGGAGUACGCAGACUGUAUGGCAGAGAUAUUUCGCAUCAAGAACGAUGAGCCUGAAACGUACCGAAAAUUUCAGGAGUGUGGAAUGGCCACGAUUGCGCGCUUCAGCGACGAAUCGUUUGGAGAAAAACUCACAGCUUCUCUUCGCCGGCAUCUUCCGUCAUAG